GAGCACAUCUCGCGCGAGUCCCUCCACCUCUCGCGACACUUCCCGCCAGCGCCCCUGCGGGCCUCCACGCCCCACCCGUUGCCUCCACGCAGCAGUCCCCGUCACCUCACCUUUGCUCUAGGCAGCCUGGCCCGCUGGGAGCGCGGCGGAGCACUGUGUUGGGCGCGAGCCCGGCGGGGCCGCAAGCUCCGCCCUGCUCUGCUCCGCCCCGCCCCUCCUGGGCUCGCGGGGAAGGCCUCCGCAGGGGAUAUGUCGUAGCCCACUCAGCGAAGGCAGGAGAACUUGAAAGGCUGCGGGGCUGCCAGAGGAAGAAAUGUCAUCAGUGGAAUCACACGAGGAACAAUUGUCCCAGUCAGAUCCAUCCCCGUCACCAAACUCAUGUAGUUCCUUUGAGCUGAUAGACAUGGAUGCUGGCAGUUUGUACGAACCCGUUUCUCCUCAUUGGUUUUAUUGUAAGAUAAUAGAUUCUAAGGAGACAUGGAUUCCUUUCAACUCUCAGGAUUCACAGCAGCUGGAAGAGGCAUACGGCUCUGGAAAAGACUGUGAUAGGAGAGUUGUGCCCACUGAUGGGGGCAGAUACGAUGUUCAUUUGGGGGAGAGGAUGCGGUACGCCGUAUACUGGGAUGAGCUAGCAUCGGAAGUGAGGCGCUGUACCUGGUUUUACAAGGGAGACAAAGAUAAUAAGUAUGUUCCGUACUCGGAGAGCUUCAGCCAAGUGUUAGAGGAAACUUACAUGCUUGCUGUAACUCUGGAUGAAUGGAAAAAGAAACUGGAGUCUCCCAACAGAGAAGUUAUUAUAUUGCACAAUCCAAAGCUUAUGGUACAUUACCAGCCAGUCGCGGGGUCUGAUGAAUGGGGUUCAACACCCACUGAGCAGGGCCGACCUCGAACAGUGAAGAGAGGGGUUGAGAACAUCUCUGUUGACAUUCAUUGUGGGGAACCUUUACAGAUAGAUCACUUGGUUUUUGUAGUCCAUGGGAUCGGACCAGCCUGUGAUCUCCGCUUUCGAAGCAUUGUACAGUGUGUUAACGAUUUUCGCAGUGUUUCUUUGAACCUGCUACAGACGCAUUUUAAGAAAGCCCAAGAAAAUCAGCAGAUUGGGAGGGUAGAAUUUCUCCCAGUCAACUGGCACAGUCCUUUGCAUUCCACUGGUGUGGAUGUAGAUCUGCAGCGAAUAACUCUGCCCAGCAUUAACCGCCUAAGGCACUUCACCAAUGAUACAAUUCUGGAUGUCUUCUUCUACAACAGCCCCACCUACUGUCAGACUAUUGUGGACACAGUUGCUUCUGAAAUGAACCGAUUAUAUGUACUUUUUCUGCAGAGGAACCCUAAUUUCAAAGGGGGCGUAUCCAUCGCUGGUCAUAGUUUAGGUUCACUUAUAUUGUUCGAUAUCCUAACAAAUCAGAAAGAUUCUUUGGGGGAUGUUGACAGUAAAAAGGAUUUGCCAAGUAUUUUCAUGGAUCAAGGAGACACACCGACACUGGAGGAAGAUUUGAAGAAACUUCAACUCUCUGAAUUCUUUAGUAUCUUUGAGAAGGAGAAAGUAGAUAAGGAAGCUCUGGCUUUAUGUACAGACAAAGAUCUUCAGGAAAUGGGAAUUCCCUUAGGACCAAGAAAGAAGAUACUAAACUACUUAAGGACCAGAAAAAAUUCAGUGGGAAUUAAUAGACCAACCCCGAAAUCACCUGCAGGGGCGAAUAUGUCUAACAUCCCCAAAGAAUCGGAGUUCUGCAGUAGUACUAAUGGUACUGGAAAUGAUGAACAUCUGGAUGUUGGCAUUGGGCAGGUGCCUGUAAAAUACCCCCGGCUCAUCUAUAAACCAGAAAUAUUCUUUGCCUUUGGAUCUCCCAUUGGAAUGUUCCUUACUGUCCGAGGCCUAAAAAGAAUUGACCCCAACUACAAAUUUCCAACAUGCAAAGGUUUCUUCAAUAUUUAUCACCCUUUUGAUCCUGUGGCCUAUAGGAUUGAACCGAUGGUGGUCCCAGGAGUAGAGUUCGAGCCAAUGCUGAUCCCGCAUCAUAAAGGCAGAAAGCGGAUGCACUUAGAACUGAGAGAGGGCUUGACCAGGAUGAGCAUGGACCUUAAGAACAACUUGCUAGGUUCGCUGCGGAUGGCCUGGAAGUCUUUUACCAGAGCUCCAUACCCUGCCUUACAAGCUUCAGAAACUGCAGAAGAAACUGAAGCAGAACCUGAAUCAAGUUCAGAGAAGCCUAGUGAUGUUAGCACAGAAGAGAACCUUGUAGCAGUUAAACAAGAAGCCCCCCCCAUCCAUGUGGGAAUGCUGAAUGGAGGCCAGCGCAUCGACUAUGUGCUACAGGAGAAGCCCAUUGAAAGUUUUAAUGAAUAUUUAUUUGCUUUACAAAGUCAUCUGUGCUACUGGGAGUCUGAAGAUACAGUAUUGCUGGUCCUCAAAGAAAUCUACCAAACCCAGGGUAUCUUCCUUGAUCAGCCUUUACAGUAAAAAUGAACCACCUAUGGCUGCUUAAUGUAAGUUUUUAAAUGUCAUGUAUGCAGCAUGGUUCCUACAUAUUAACAUGGGACGAGGAACCGUGGAGCCUCAGCUCUUUAUAAAUACACUUUUUGUUGCCUGUCACCAAGAUCCAGGUUAUUUUUUAGAGGGACUCUGGUUAAAAUUCAUGGGAAAAAAGCACAGUGGGCCACUUAGAGAAAGGUUAGUGUAUGUUUGUUUUGUUAGCGACUUGGUCCAAUAAUACUUGCCAUUUUUAGGAUCUAAACUCAGAAUCUUAAUAGUUGACCAUCUGAGAGUUACCAUGGCAACAGUUACAGCUUUAAGCACAAACAGCUCACCCUGGGAUUUACGUUACUCAGCCCUGUAGAUGUGUAGUUAGAAAGUUUGUGUGUCAGACUCUGGCGUUCUCUCUGGUCGCCUUCCAGCGUGAUGACCUCUUCCACUCUCUCCCUUAGACGGACACUGAGGGAUCCUUCCCCAGAAAACCUGCCUCUUUGUUGCUGCAGUUUUCCUCUCCUCAGCUGCGACAUUUCCUGCAGGUUGCCUGCCACUUACUCACCACUGGGGUCUUUGGAGGAUAAUCUUCCUCUCUGGAAGUGAGUGGAAAAGCAAAGGGAAGACCCUAUUACUUUUUACCACUGGCUUCAAAGAAACACUUGCCAUUCUUUCGUCAUAGCUGGGAGUGGUUUGCAUCUUUAAUACUUUGAUGAUGGUAUUUAGGUACCACACUUUAUUGCUUAUUACUUGAGAUGGUAUAACGUCUGUUUGAGUUUUUGUUUUGGGUUGGGUAUAAAUUUUUCUAAGAAAUUACUGCUUAUCUUUAGAAAAUAUUCUAAUCUGGAAGCGGACUCCCGAGAUUCAGAAGGCAUUUUGGGGUCUGCUCAUCGCUCAUGGGUGUUCUCUGCAUUUGAAGGCCAAGUCUAAGUGGAUGAGGGAGACCGGUGGCCAUCAGACUCUUUUGAGCCAGCUUUUAUUUCCUACACGUACUGUAUGAACAAAGACUAAAAUUUGUAAAUACUGUUUACUCUCUCUACAGCUGACUGACAGAUUUAUUGCUAGGAAUCACUGAGCUGUUCAUUGUUUCCACAGCUGUUUGAGCUGCUCUCGGUGGACAGUCUAAAGUGGACAGUUUAGUUCACAUCAGGUGCAUCUUUAUAAAGCAAAGAGAUAUUAUAUAUCCUAGACCUGCCCUUUUAUAUCAUAUCAUACUUCAAACUGCGAGACUCUAGACAAAGUCCGACUUAGUUGUUGGUUCUUAAGUUGAGGGUUAUAAAAGCUGACAGACCUGAAAUUACACAGCUUUGACUGCUUAUUAAGUGAUGAAUAAAAUGUUUUAGUGGUACAUUGAUGGUGAAAUAGAAUUUGUGUAAGCCAUCUGCCACAGCUGCUUGGGUGCAGGGAGUAUUGAAGAGUGUCCUCUUCAAGCACAUAAACAGCGUUGCCUUCUUAGGUACCUGUAGUGCAGGACGCUGCGGGACAGGCUCCCGGCACAGGCAGUGUUGGUAGAUCUGGCUAGGGGGAAGUGUUCCUUAUUCUGCAAGACAAACCUGCGUCUGUGGGGCCAGAAACAGCUGUUGCAGAGUCAGUGUCAGAGCGUGCCAAGUGAGAUGCACCUUGAAGAAGACGGGUGAAUGGAGACUAAUUGUUUCCAAGGCAUCUUGCUCACCACUGUGCUGCAGGUAUUUUCUUUCUCACAGGUCUCAGCAUGUGAUUGUCUUUGCGGUUCUCUUUGUGACAGUCCUUCACACUCCUUUCAGGUUCCUACAGGCCCUGGUGGACAGAGCGGUGUAGACAGGCAAGCUGUGUUUCGUUUUUUAUAUCGGUUUCGUGUAAGUAAAUGUAUCAUGGUAUCCAAAGUCCUGGAAUUUAACAUUCACAUAAGCCAUCUCUUUGACGGCAGAGGGAAGGUUAAUUACUGUCACCCUAGAGUGAAGGUUGGGGUAAAGGUGAGAGCCUGGCCUUUCCUUGUCCAUCUGCUUACAGACUAAUGCUAAGCCACUAAGAAGUCUCAUCCCUAUGAAAUACUUUAUUUUCUUUACUACAUAAACUCUGAGUCUGAAGUAAGGAUUACUGAGAAUUCAGUAGCAUUCAGUACAUAUUGAAGGGGAAGCUUUCAUCAAGUUGUUGUCUUCAAAUUUAAAUUUGGUCUUCCUAUUAACAGAAUAACUAAAAUUUAAGAGUAAACCAAAGGACCAGCAAGAGUGAGUCCCUGUAACCAAAGAUGAACAGCAUCAACCUGGAUGGCUAGAUAAACCACUGUUUGUACUAAGACGUGUUUCCUUCCUGGUGAUGAGGGACAGGUGACUGGAAAAGAGCUUUAUAUCCUGUUUGUCCCCCUGUGCUGGUAUCACGGAUGUAUAUUCCACAGGGUAAUAAGCUUGACUUGAGUUCCUUGUUUAGUUGUAUAUUAUUUGCACUACUUCAGUUGUAUCAUGUGCAAUCUCUUAACCAAGCCUAUUUUUAAAUGCUGGUAGAGUAUCAUUUUAUACAUAACUCCCAGCUGCAGAAUUGGUAUUGCUUAUCUCAGCAAAAGAGAUUGUUUGCAUGGAAAGAUUAAUAGCACUGAUUAGCUUUCUGAUAUUUUGCACUUUUUGAAAUGUUUUUUAUGUGACUAUAUUUAAAACUUUAGUAAAUACUGAAAUAAAACCAUACUGACCAGCU